AUAUUUCUACUUCCGGUACCGUUCGUGCGCCAUCUUUGACGACAAAUAGCCCAUCUAUGUUAUUUUUGUUUUCAAAAAGUAUCGAAAAGUAUGAUAGAACACUAAAUCGCAUUAAAUAACCGAAUCAUACGUCUGGAUUUUUACCGUACCUUACUUGUUAUAACACAGUAAAAGUCUUCGGGAAACAUUUUUGACGAGAUGUCGCUUGUGGAUUUGGGAAAACGCUUGUUGGAGGCGGCACGCAAAGGACAAGAUGAUGAAGUGCGGUCACUUAUGGCCAAUGGAGCUCCUUUUACUACAGACUGGCUGGGAACAUCACCACUUCAUUUAGCGGCGCAAUACGGGCACUACUCCACUGCUGAGGUGCUUCUCCGUGCCGGAGUAAGUAGAGAUGCCCGGACCAAAGUCGAUCGAACCCCCCUUCACAUGGCUGCGGCAGAGGGCCACUCAAGCAUUGUUGAAUUGCUGGUUAAGAGCGGAGCAGAUAUCAAUGCCAAAGACAUGCUGAAAAUGACCGCCCUUCACUGGGCUACAGAGCAUGGGCACAGGGGAGUCGUGGAGCUGUUGAUUAAAUACGGCGCUGAUACUCACGCCCUCAGCAAGUUUGACAAGACGCCUUUUAACAUUGCAGUGGACCGAGGAAACACUGAGCUGAUGCUAUUGUUACAGGAGGGGAUGCAGAACCAAGUGAACAUGAAUCCAGAGAGGACCAUUCUGAGCAGCACGUCGCCUGCCACAGCAAGCCCUCAGUUCAUCAUCUCGUCCUCUGGAGUGGUCAAUCUCUCUGAUAUUGUUCUCACUAAUGCUAAGGCUAACACAGGAGCUGGAGAGAGUGUGAUUGCUGCUGAUUCGGUAGAUUCUGCCAUCCAGCAUCUUGUAGGGGAAGAUGGCCAGAGAGUCAUCACCAUAGUAACCGACCAACAGGGAAACCUGCAGACUGGCAACUUGGGACAGAAAUUCUUUGUCACAAUGCAGGGGCAGCAAAUGGUUGCAGUUCCAGCUGGUCAGAUUGCAGAAGAAGUCAUAACCGAGGACACCAAACCAGUUCCAUGAAAGCGGAAAUUUGAAUCAUCUGUCAACCACACGGAUGUCAAACACAAGGAGCCCACCGAGAAGGACAGUCGGGAACUACUGGAACAGCAACUAAAAGAAGCAAACAGAAAAGCCCAGGAGUACAGACAGCAGUUACUACGAAAGGAACAGGAAGCUGAGCAGUACAGGCUGAAACUAGAGGCCAUUGCCAAUGGGCAGACCAAUGGCACCAGCACAGAGCCCCAAGAGGAAGUGGUGCUCCAGGAAGAGGAAGAGGAGGAGGUGGUUGGCGAAGAGGAAGUUGUCAUGUUGCCAGAAGGGGCCAUCAUCAUUAAAGAGGAGCCCCUUGACUCAACGACAGGAGAAACAGUAACAUUAAUAGAAGCCGCAGAUAUCACAGCCACCUCCGAGGGCACGCCGUAGCAGUAAACCCAAAGACUUAAUCACUCAGGAAUUACAAAUGCUGUGUGCCUGGAGUGGGACAUUGUAUUUAUUUAUUGUAAAUCAUAACCUUUUGUUUUUACCCUUUUUUUUACUCAUAGCAUUCAGUUUCUGUACAAACCUCUACAACAAUGUAGCAUUAUAUUUAGGUGGCCACAGCGAACCACUGCUCAGAUUGACAGAAUUGGAA